AUGUUCUCCAAGACUUCAAUUGCUGCUUUCUUCGUCUCUGGCCUUGCUGCCAUUGCCAGCGCCCAGGUUCACGCUGUUGGCGACGUUCCCAAUGGCAACUCCAUCGGCCACCCGGAACUCGCUGAGCAAGUCACCCUCAACAAGGCGUUCACCAUCACCUGGCAGCCCAGCUCGCCUGGCCCGGUAACGCUCUGGCUCUGCAUCGGUCAGUCCACCAACUGCGUGCUUCAAGACUCGCCCAUCGCCAUCUCCGCGCCGAACACCGGCUCCUUCAUCUGGACGCCCACACUCGCGCAGUUCCCCAAGCUUGUUCCCACCGUUGGCUCCGGCUACGGCAUUCAGCUCGUCGAUGAGUCCGACCCGCGCAUCUUCCAAUACUCUACCCAGUUCGGCUUCACCUUCCCAGACGCUCCUGCAACCAUCACGCUCAGCUCUGCAAGCGACGCUCCUACUCCUUCACCCGUCGAGCCCGUCCCUGAGUCGUAUGUCGAUUCGUAUGUCGAGCCAUCCGCGGAGCCCACUGUUGAGCCGUCUGUCGAGUACACUACUGUGCCGUGCAGUGCUACUGUCUCCUCCAACGCCCCCUUCCCUACCACUUGGUGGGCUCCUACCGGAAACGGCCCCGCCCCGACCAUCAUUCAGCCCACCGGCCCAGUUGGUGUGCCCACCAGCUUGUACACCUCUGUCUCAACCCCCGUGUACACUCCCCUUCCCGCUCCCACCGGUGCGGCUGGAAAGGUCACCGCUGGCAUGGGUGCCGUAGCAGCCGUCGUGCUCGCCGCCAUCGCCCUGUAA